CACCCGGAAGCGCUUCAGAGGAGUCACAGCAUGAGAAGGAGCGGUACUAAACUGGAGAAGUAAACUGAUACCGACGUUGUCAAAUUGUCCAAACAUGCAAGGAUAAUAAAUCGAAACGAAUCCAAUUUUUCCAUUUCAUGUUUAUUUGACGCUUCCUACGUUUUAACCCGGACGUUUGUUGACAUUAGCAUUUACCCUCUAGUGCAAUGUCAGCAACACCAGAAGCACAGACAGGAGCAGCAGGUGCCCCCGUGUCUAAACCUGGACAGAUGUUUAAGAGCUGCUGGAGCUGUCGGAUCAUCUCCGGAGGUGGACUGAUCCUCGCCGGGGCUUAUGUCUUUAACGCUGCCCGGAGAGUGCUCCGACAGGGCGGACCCACCUCCAUGGGCACAGUGGCACAGAUCACAUUCGCCGCCGGUUUGGCAGCCUGGGGGAUUGUUGUUGUCGCUGACCCGGUGGGGAAAGCGCAGAGGAAGUCGUAAACGCUGAUCAGGAGUCGGCGUUCGUAAAGCCCAACCGUGGACUUCAAUGUUUGCAGACAGUGUUGCAACAAUACGCCAAGCCAAGGAGACUGCUAUCGAGUCUAUGGACUAGUGCUUCUCGUAAACAUGAUUUUAAAAAUUAAAAAUCAAGUUUCAUGUUCAUUUUGCUUCAUGUUUAGAGUGGGUGUCAUGGUUUGACUGGUGCUGGAUAAAUUGGUGACACUCCUUUAAACGUUUAACGAUGCUGCACUGACAUUACAAGUAAAGGGAUGAUGGCAUUCAUUCGAAGAGAUUAGCAUCAGGAUGCUUUGAAAUCCUCUGUUUAUGAAAUAAAACUGAGGUAAAAAAAAUACUUGGAGGUUUUGGUGAGCCACAGAAGAUUUUCAGGUCUCAAAUUGGGCCACACGUUUGUUUGCAGGAACACUGGCUUUACAAACAAAUCAAUUAAGGUUUUUGUGUUUGCACUGUGUGUCAUACAAAACUGUAAGUUGCUGGGUGUUUGAAUACUAAAUUAAACAUGUUUCAUUACA